ACGUCGGCAGUCGGCUCCAAAAAAUCCCAGACACCUUCGGAGAGCCAUGUGUGACCAACAGAAACCUAACUAACUUGAAUUUAAGACGACCUCUUGUAACAGUUACGUAAAGGCCAAGUGUAAAUAUGGAACACCACAAGUCAAGCGCACAGCGCAUGCGUGAAGUACGGGUCUGUCAAAGGACAAAAGUCAUCUUGGGUACACUUGCAUAGACGGAUGUCGAAACAGUGCCAAUUAUAUUCGUGUUUGCACGAAUUACGCAUAUUCAGUUAUUAAUCUCUUAGUAUUACUUUAUAUAAUAUUCUACUGCCUUUCAGGCACUACACCAUACGGGUAUCAACGUCUACUUUCCAGUUUCCCGUGGAACCUGAAUGCAACACCCUUGCUUGCCAUAUUGCUUCCGAAUGCGUCACAUGUUUACUUGGUGUGCUAAUUGAUGCUCCGAGGCCAGACAACAUUUAUAAAGUUUAGUUGAACAUUGCAUCUAAAUGUCAUGUCAUGUUGUCGUCUUUACGUCUCAAUGACUUUAUUGCCAGGCGUACACAUGUUAAACAAGCUUAUUAACUGUACAGUUAGUAUUACAAGUCGGUGGCUAGCCUGUUUGCUAGCCAGACAGAGUUAGCAUCACUGGUGUCAGACAUCUAUAGGAAAGAGCUCCAAAUGCGUCUUAAGGACCCCCUGUCCUUGACAGCCGCCAACAUGACUAAGCGGACAAAUAAACCAAGAAAACCUCGAGAUGAAGAAUCAUCGGAUGAAGUCAGUGGGUUGACUUGCCAGCAUGUGACAAAGGCAGUGGAUUUGAGCUCCGUGAAGAAAGCAAUGUUAUCCAGCUUGUGGUUAGUGUGUUCUGAGUGUCUGAAGGAAAGGACGAUGAUCAACAGCGAGCCCGGAGCCUCUCAAGACAUCUUAGUCUGCCUAAAGUGUGGUUUCCAAGGCUGUAACCACUCAGGGAUUGAACACGCUGUCCAGCACCACAAAGCAUUCCACCCUGAGCCACACUGCAUCACCAUAAGCUUGAGCACAUGGAGGGCCUGGUGUUUUGAAUGUAAUGAAGAGCUCUCCACUCACUGUAACAAAAAAGCCCUGGCGCAGACUCUGGAUUUUCUACAGAAGCACUCUGUCAAGGCAACAUCUGCAUCAGGCCCCAAGAUCAUCAAACCAAAAGAGGAAGCCUCAAAUUACAGUGACCCUCCAAGGGGAAAGAAUUCCGUCAACAGCAAUGCAUUGGUUCCUGUUAAAGGCAUCAGUAACCUUGGCAACACAUGCUUCUUCAAUGCUGUUAUGCAGAAUCUGUCCCAAACACACAUGCUCAUUGACCUCAUCCAGGAAGUGAAGGAGAAAGGGUACAAAUUGAGGAUCUGCCCCCUCGUUGACGCCCAUCUGGGUCCGUUAUUAGUAACGCUGCCCAGUCCAGAGCCCCUGACUGCAGCCAUGUUUCUCUUCCUCCAAUCCAUGAAAGAACCAGGGAAAGGUCCCGUCAGUCCCAAGAUCCUCUUUAAUCAGCUCUGCCAGAAGGCUCCACGCUUUAAGGGCUACCAACAACAGGACAGCCAGGAGCUUCUUCACUCUCUACUGGACUCCAUACGAGUAGAGGAAACUAAAAGAGUGAAGGCUGGAAUUCUCAGAGCAUUCAACAAUCCCACGGAGAAGACAGCAGAUGAGGAAACCAGGCGUCAAGUCAAAGCAUAUGGGAAGGAAGGUGUAAGGAUGAACUUUGUUGAUCGCAUCUUUGUUGGAGAGCUAACCAACACAAUUAUGUGUGAAGAGUGUGAACAUAUCUCAACUGUAAAGGAAGCCUUCAUAGAUAUUUCUUUACCUAUAAUAGAGGAACGGAUAUCGAAACCAUCCAAUAGCAGCAGACCAGGGAAAGGAAGCCGGGACCACGAAUCCAACGUGACACAUAAUGAGCAGGUUCUUUCCACCGUAAAUACAGCCAACAGAAACACAAGGCAUCUCAGUAGACAGAAAACACAAGGCAGGAGGUCCUCCAGCUCGAUGGACGGAAAGGGGGCAAGCUGCAGUUUGGAUCAGCUUGAGGAGGAGAGGAUUGCAGGAUCAGCCCACUGUGUCCCUGCUUGCAAGAUGGCUGCUUGCGGAAGCCUCUCAGAUGGCAGUGAGAGAGACACUGGUGCUCGGGACAGCAGUAACGAUGCCGACAGUGAAGCUUCAGAGAGCGAAUGGACAUCCUGCUCCAGUCACGUCCAAUCUCAUUUGACUCCCAUUGUCAAUCCAUCCCCAAUAUCUUACUCUACCUCAUCAUCAUCCUCUUCCAGGCAAGGUGGCGCUGUAGAGCCACUGCUUAGCAGUUUGUCAAAAGUUAGCCUUGGGCUCGGUUCAGGGGACAGCUCGUCCUCUUUGCAAUGUUCUCCAGAGGAGCCCGCAGAAAGUCACUACCACCAGACAGCAUUCCAGGCUCUGUCCCACAGUUACACUCCCAGCUCUAAGGAGUGCUCCGUUCAGUCCUGCCUUCACCAGUUUACAUCCGUGGAACUACUGAUGGGCAACAACAGGUUGCUUUGUGAGAGCUGCACCGAACGCAGACACAAGCUGAUACGCAAGAGCAGCUCAGCUGAUAAAAAGGCGGAAAAGAUCUACACCAGUGCGAGGAAACAAAUGCUCAUUUCCUCACUUCCUCCUGUCAUCACAUUGCAUCUGAAACGCUUCCACCAGGCAGGGAUGAAUCUACGAAAGGUGAACCGCCAUGUCGACUUCCCUCUGGUGUUGGACCUGGCCCCAUUCUGUUCAGCUUCAUGCAAAAACCUGGUAACUGAUGACCGUGUCCUUUACAGCCUGUAUGGGAUUGUGGAACAUAGCGGGUCAAUGCGUGGCGGUCACUACACUGCAUAUGUAAAAGUCCGUGCUCCCCAGAAGAAAACUGAACAUCACAGGAACUUGACAGGUGCCAAGGGUUCUAGCAGCAGCUCCCCAGGCCAGUGGUUCUAUAUCAGUGAUGCUACGGUCCAGACGGUACCAGAGUCGAGGGUUCUCAACGCUCAGGCAUAUCUGCUCUUCUAUGAGGAAAUGCUGUAAUUGGACUGAAUCCAUUUCAUAACAGACACCAGUGUUGUUCUGUGGAGUUACGUAAAAUGUGUAAUUAUUAGGGGGCUGGGGGGGUUGGACUCUUUUCUUCAAUAGUUAAUUUGCACUUCUGUUUUUUUUCUUACAUAAGGAUUACCAUUUAAAGGUGCUGUUGCUUGCUGACGGACUCUGGGUCGUCACUUUUGUUUUGCAUCCGCCCCUCUUUAACCGCAUGCAGGGGUGUGAAUGUCUUAUCUGUCAUUGCUCUGUCAAUCACCUAAACUCAUUUUUAAUAAUACUCAUUUCAUGCUUGCGGUAGAUGUUGCCAUGUCACAAUCGGUGCAUGUUUUUUUGCGCUAAAUAUUUGCAGUUUUUUGUCAGUAUUUUUGGUUCACUCACAAAUAUACCCCAUUUUUAUCGUAACAAGUCACCAUGUUUGCCUUCAUUGUACAGUAUUCAAGUUGUACUGUAAAUAAGUCAAUUGAUGAAAUCAAAUGUGUAAAUGUGUCUACACUGUUACUAUCGCUAAGAUCUGACAAAAUGAUAGAAAUAAAAAAUAUCCAAGGCUCCAAGCCUUACUAGAAUAACAUUUUUGCUGUAACGUGCAUGUACUGCUCUAUUGAUUGUAUGUACUACUCUUAAAUCAUUGACGAAAUCGUUGUUUUCCAAGUGAAUAUAUUUCUUGUUUGCCGAACGGGAACUGGUUGGCAUGUGUAACGAGGUCUAUAGAGUUAUGCCAAUUAAUACUAGAUUAAACAGAUUCAGUGCCUAAGCUUAAUGAAAGGUGCACGGUGGAAAGAAAACGUUUCAUAUUCAAUGCUUUUGCGGACGUGGCAUUCAUGUACAGCAUAUACUGUAGCUUGGAAUAAUGGUAUAUGUAAUAAAUGUAAAUGUAUUAAAAACAAUGCAAGAUCAUGGUGCUUUAGGCAUGCAGGGUUUUUCCAAGGAUGAGUUUUCAUCCUAAAAUAAUAAACAUUUGGUAUGCAUUGAUCUGUUAUGUAUCAGAAACAAAAUA